AUGUCGUCUCCAGGCAUGGGCACCCUGAGUGACCCCUUACUCUCCAGCCCAGGGCUGGGGGGCAGGGCGGGCUCCUCCAUCCACGAUGCCUCCUGCAGGCCCUCCCUGCCCAAGACCUCCAGCUUCCCCGCCACGUCCAGCACGCGCCACCUCAGCCACCGAGCCAACAACUUCCAGAGGCACCCCAAGAGGCGGAAACUCAUCAGGCCGUCCCCCCCUCCGCCCCCCAACACCCCCUGCCCCCUGGACCAGCUGGACCUGACGGAGCUCCCCCCGCGCCGGACCUUCUCAGAGCUGGUGUUCAACGGCUGCGUCCUGUUUGGCAUCGAGUUCAGCUACGCCAUGGAGACCGCAUACGUGACCCCCGUGCUCCUGCAGAUGGGCCUGCCGGACCAGUUCUACAGCUUGGUUUGGUUCAUCAGUCCCAUUCUAGGCUUCUUACUGCAGCCCAUCCUUGGAGCCUGGAGUGAUCGCUGCACGUCACGCUUUGGUCGGAGGAGGCCGUUCAUCUUCGCCUUGGCCCUGGGUGCACUUUUUGGCUUGACGCUGGUUCUGAAUGGGAGAGAUAUCGGCGCGGCAGUGGCUGACACGGCUGUCAGUCACAAGUGGGGCAUUGUGUUGACGAUUUGCGGGGUGGUUCUCAUGGACUUCAGCGCUGACUCGGCAGACAACCCGAGCCACGCCUACAUGAUGGACGUCUGUGGUCCCGAGGACCAGGACCGAGGUCUCAACAUCCACGCACUGCUCGCAGGACUGGGCGGCGGCUUCGGUUACAUCGUGGGGGGCAUCAACUGGGACCACACGGAGUUCGGCCGGGCCAUGGGGGGCCAGCUGCGCGUCAUCUACAUGUUCACCAGCGUCACCCUGGUGGCCGCCACCGCUAUGACCCUGACCAGCAUCCCCGAGCGCCCUUUACCCCAGUCCCAGCACUCGCAGCAGGGGCAGCGGGCCCCCAGGAGCGCCCUCAAGAGCCCCAGCCUCCCCCUGCCACCCUCCCCGCCCGCCCCACCGUUAGGCGGAGGAGGAGGAGGCCCAGGGCUGGAGGAGGAGGACGAGGAGGACGGUUUAUACGGCUACCAGUCGUCGAAUCCGCAGCGGCGCUACACGGACCCUCUGGGCCAUUCAUGCAGCGCCAACGCGCGCCUCUGCGCCGGCCUGAGCAGCCCCAUAUCACCGCUCAGCCCGCUCACGCCCAAGUACGGCAGCUUCAUCAGCCGCGACAACUCCCUGACGGGCAUCAACGAGUUCGCCUCCUCGCUGGGUACGUCCUAUAUCGACAGCGUGCUCAUCGACUGCUACACGGGCCAGCCCACGCCCACGGGCCUGCUGGAGCAUGAGCAGCAGCCCCCCUAUCCGGCCCCACCGCAGAUGAACGCGGGGGACACCCCUCCUCCGCCUGCCCCGCCGCCACACUCACAAUCUCCCCUGCCUCCCCUACCGCUCCCUCUGCAGCAGCAGCAAGUGAAUGGGGGUGGCGAGGUGGUGUUGGUGACGGAGGGAAUGCAACCUAGUGGGAACGGUGGUGGGGAGCCCAAUCACGCUGGUGGCGGGGGCUCCAAGAGGGGCAGCAUCCUGAAGAGGCCCCAAAGCCUGGCUCUCACAGAGGAGACGCUACUGCCGCCCAGCACAGGGGAGCACGGCCGCAGGCGCACUGUCACUUUCAGCCAGCAGGUGGCAAAUAUUUUGCUCAACGGCGUGCGGUAUGACAGUGACCUGAGCGACAGGCCAGAGGCUGCGGAUAACCAGAUGUCCCUCAAGCUGCUCUGCAUCGCCAUCUACAGGAUGCCCCCCUCACUGCGCAGCCUGUGCACCAACCACUUUUUGGGUUGGUUGUCGUUCGAGGGCAUGCUGCUGUUCUACACUGACUUCAUGGGAGAGGUGGUGUUUGGGGGGGACCCCAAGGCGCCCCAUGACUCUGAGGCCUACCAGCGCUACAACGCGGGGGUCAGCAUGGGCUGCUGGGGCAUGUGCAUCUAUGCAUUCAGUGCUGCCUUCUACUCAGCCAUCCUGGAGAAGCUGGAGGAGCGCUUCUCGCUGCGCUCGCUCUACUUCUUCGCCUACCUGGCGUUUGGGCUGGGCACAGGGCUGGCCACCCUCUCCACCAACCUCUACGUGGUGCUCUCCCUCUGCGUCACCUACGGCGUGCUCUUCUCCUCCCUCUGCACCUUGCCUUACUCGCUGCUCUGCGAAUACUACCAGAGCCCACAGUUCUGUGGCUCGUCGGAGGAGGGGACGCGGCGGGGGAUGGGCGUGGACAUCUCGCUGCUCAGCUGCCAGUACUUCCUGGCCCAGCUGCUGGUGUCGGUGGCCAUGGGGCCGCUGACGUCGCUGGUGGGCGGGGCGCAGGGCGUGAUGUACUUUGCCAGCCUGAUGUCCUUCGUGGGCUGCGCGUACUCCUCGCUGUGCGUGGUCUACCAGCUGCCGCCGCCAGAGGGUGAGCAGCCGGCCCCGAACGAGGCCCAGCCGCUUCUGGUGCACAUUUGAAUAAAAAAAAAACCCACAAAAAAACACCACCAUCACCAUCACCACCACAGCAAAGACCAUCCACCACUCUACUCCAGUCAAUCC